UGCGGGGAAUCCAUGCAGCCACGAGCACAUGGAGGUCCAACAAAGGCGGCCUCGGCAUUUUAACCUGGUGGCGUUGCGGAUCAUAUAUACUGCAUGCGUCUUAACUGGACUUUGGGGGUCGUAAGAUCAUACCGCCGUCAAGUACAAAUUUCGCCGCAUCAGCAUCGGCGUGGUAGAACCCCUUAAUGCAGAGCGUAGUCAGAAAGGUUGCAUGCUUGCAGCUAGGCAUGGACGUUGCCCUUUCUCGGAAGUUUGCGAUACCCAGCGCCCGUCGCAUGAAGUACAAGAUCUUCCAGAAUCUGCCCGAUACGCUGUAGGAUGGGUACCUGAUGUAUUCGUCAAAGGUUAUUGGAAGUAGACCCACCUGCAGCCUCAAAUCGACAUUGAAGUGGAACACCCAUCGCCUGGGAUGUCCUGGUCCGUGCAGCACUAGCGUACAAAAAAGUUGCAGAGCACGAGAAAGUCCUCGUGCAUAGCGAUUGACAUUGGCACAUCAUCAUGGCGAAGCGAGCGCACGAAGAUCCUGGACUGGCUGCAGGUGUCGAGGAUAAGGAGGCGAGGCGAGAGGCUAAGCGCUUGAAGAAAGAAAAAGCAGCAAACCGAGCAGAAACCGCUAAGAAUGCUAUAGUAGGAAACGGAGAGAAGCAUGACGAUGCACCAGAGAAUGAUACCCUGUCGAAGGAGGAGCGGAGAGCGUUGAAACGUGCGAAAAAGGAGGCGGCAAAGGUUGCAUCUGCAGAUGACGCUGCGAUCGCAACUCCAACUGCGACAGAAAACACAGAUGCUGCGAAUAAGGCUGCUCGCAAAGCGUCGAAGGCUGCUGAGAAGGCUGCAAAGAAAGCUACAAAGACUGACGCAACCGAUGGUAUCGUUAGCAAUGGCGAAAGUUCGACCGUCUCCAGGCAUGCAGGGGCAGAGUACGUCGAGGACGCUGGGCUUAGGAGCUUGCCGCAAAGCGAAAUCGACACCUUCAUCAAGGACAAACGGCUUGCGAUUGAGGACACUCAAGGGCAGCAGUUGCGACCCAUCAUCGACUUCAAGUACCUUCCGUUAGAUGACGACCAGCGCAAGCCUUUUGCGGGUUUCAAGGCACCCACUCCCAUCCAGGCAGCAUGCUGGCCUUAUCUCUUGGCAGGUAGAGAUCUUGUGGGUGUGGCGGAGACUGGAUCAGGAAAAACAUUGGCGUUUGGUGUGCCGUGCCUUCAUCAUAUUGCGAAGCUUUCCAAAGCCAAUCGUAAGAGCAUCAAAGCAUGCAUUGUGACUUGCGUCUACGGUGGCGUAAGCAAAGAUGAGCAGCGCAAGCUACUGAACGGUACGCAUGUUGUGGUAGCCACUCCGGGCCGACUCAACGACUUCAUUCAGGAGGGCUCGAUAGACCUAUCCAGCGUCCAGUAUGUUGUCCUUGACGAAGCGGACCGUAUGCUUGACACAGGUUUCGAGCAGGAGGUCCGCAAGAUCAUCUCGACAACACCAGCCACUGGUAGGCAAACUCUCAUGUUCACCGCGACAUGGCCGCCGUCAGUACGUGAGCUAGCAGAUACGUUCAUGAGCAAACCGGUCAAGGUUACGAUUGGCGAUAACGCGUCCGGCGAGCUCCGCGCCAAUACACGUAUCGUGCAAGAGGUCGAGGUGAUGACGGAGCAGCAGGACAAGCAGCCGCGCUUGAUACAGCUACUGAAGCAGUAUCAGUCCGGCAAGAACAAGCAAGAUCGCAUAUUGGUCUUCUGCUUGUACAAGAAGGAGGCUACGCGCAUCGAAGAGUUCAUUAGGCGCAGAGGGUUCAACGUUGCAGGCAUUCACGGCGACCUGAACCAGCACAAGCGGACCGAAAGCCUCGAGGCGUUCAAGGCGGGUACAGUGCCAAUCCUGGUCGCAACGGAUGUCGCAGCUCGCGGUCUCGACAUACCCGCCGUCAAGCUUGUGAUCAAUGUUACCUUUCCACUCACCGUGGAAGAUUACGUCCACCGCAUCGGGCGGACAGGCAGAGCCGGACAGGAUGGCAAAGCGAUCACUUUCUUCACUGAUGCCGAGAAGGGAUUGGCCGGAGCGCUCAUCAAUGUCCUGAAGGCUGCAGGGCAGCCGGUGCCGGAGGAGUUGAUGAAGUAUGGCACGACGGUCAAGAAGAAGGGCCAUGAUGCCUAUGGUGCGUUCUAUAAAGAUACAACAGAGAUGAAAAAGGCGACGAAGAUUACGUUCGAUUAGAUUGUCUAUAUAUACAGUUGAGAAUGAGAAUACAGGCUCAAGACUCGUUGGAUCGAUGGACUUAGGUCAUUGACGGUACGCCUGCUCACGGGCACAACCGCCCCUUUAGCACCAAGUUUGGAUCCUACGUUGUGCUUGUAACAGUCAGACCACUA